AUGGCCGACAUCGAAAAAUACUUUACAUACGAUGGCCGCCUCGCGUCCUUUCGGAAAACUACCAAGAAGCGCGGAUCUACCGCUGGACGCAGCGCAAAACCAUUAAACUGGCCACACAAACAGAUUACACCCGCAAGUCUCGCAAACGCUGGGUUUUAUUUCAACCCGAGCCCCAGUAACCCCGACAAUUGCACAUGCUUCCUCUGCCAAAAGGGUCUCGACGGCUGGGAAGCUGGUGAUGAUCCUUUGGUAGAACAUCUGACCCACGCCUCGCACUGUGGAUGGGCCGUAGUCAAAGCCAUCGAGGCCGAAAUUGAGGAAUACUGCAAGCAGGACCCAACGCUUCCUCACAUGGCAGAGGCCCGAGAAGCCACUUUUGGUACUAGAUGGCCGCACGAGGGCAAGAAGGGAUGGGAGUGUCAAACGAAGCAGCUUGUUGAUUCGGGAUGGGUUUACACCCCAACCGACGAAUCCGAUGACAUGGCCACAUGCAUGUAUUGCCAGCUGGCACUAGAUGGAUGGGAACCUGAAGACAAACCUUUCGAAGAGCAUUAUAAGCGCUCCCCGAGUUGCGCCUUCUUUUCACUCUCGAGCGAACCCGAGCCUGCACCGAAGAAGACUGCACGUGGCAAAGCGGCCAGAGGAUCAAAAGUGUCCCGAGCAUCAACACAAUCAGUGCAAUCUGUUUCUACAAGUGCAUCCGAGGCCAUUGCUUUUGACGAGACAGCCGAGCCAGAAGACAGUGUUCUCACCACGACGUCAAUGGCCCAAGGCAAGAAAUCUCGGCCAAAGAAGGCCACGGCCAAGGCCACAAAAGGUGGUCGAAAGAAGAUCAAGAAGGAGACGACCCCUGUUGAAGAUGCCAGCGAUGCUGGUGAUGAGAGCGAAACCAUCAGCAAGCCGCCUCCCGCUAAAUCAACACGCGGCCGAAAGCGAAUGAGCGAGGCAGCCGAAGAUUCCUUGAUGAGCACAGCCAGUGCGCCAGCGACAAAAAAACGAGCCACAAAAACACGGGCCAGUGUGAUGGAAUCAUCUACUGCGUCCGAGGACACUGCUGUGCCUGAUGCCCCGGCCCCUGCCAAGGCCAAAGGUCGUCCGCCCAAAACUCGCAAGCCCUCUGCAGCGGCAUCGGCAGCAAACACUUCCAUUGUUUCACUACGUGUCACACCAGAAGUAUUUCCAGAUGAUGACGAAAUCGAGAGACAAUUGGAGGCGGACCUUGAGCGCCAGCUUACCGAAGACGAGUUUGUGUAUGAAUAUCAGCGGCCAUCAGCUCAGCCAGAAACAGAGCCAGCGGUUGAGGCGAUACAGAAGUCGGCGGCGUAUAGAAUGCUUGACCCUGAACCAUCAGAAGCUGAUGAGGUUGAGGUUGAUGGCGAACUCCAAGCACUUCAAAACGAAAUGGAGGUUGAGGAGCCAGUCAAGGAGCUGAAGGUUGGCAAAAAAGGUCGAAAGGCAGCUGGUACACGAAAAGCCGCGAAACAGACGAAAGCGAAGAAGGCAAAAGAGCCUUCUCCUCCGCCACCCCCUUCCCCAUCACCCCCUCCUUCUCCGCCUGUCCAAUCCAUCGAAGGCGAGAUUGACGAGUCAGACAUUCAAAGUGUUGUUAGCACCGAUACUGUGGUAAAGAAUGCCGAUUCUGUGAACUCAAUGACUGAGAAGCGGGGCAGGGCGCAGCCCAGAAAAUCAUCCGUUGCUUCUGAAGACUCUGUUGACGUGGUCACGUAUGUGGAACAGGAUGAGACUCCGAUCAAACAUGGACGUGAAGAAGCAGAUGAGGCUGAGCAGUCGCCGGAGCCCUCCCCAAGUCCGUCACCUGGGCCCGACGCUCAAUUGACAAGCGAAGCACAUGUCGCAGCAGACAUGAAUGACGACAAUCUCCUUGCAGCGGAUGAGGAUGUGCAGAUUGCAGAAGACCCCAUUGAAGCUGCUACGUCGCCAAUGGCAACCUCGGUGGCAGAGCCACCAUCUACGCCUGGUUAUGCGACAUCACCCGCUCCCUCUGCGAAGCAAGCAGCACUUUCGCCGUCACAGUCGCCUCAGUCGUCUGAUGCUGAGAAUCAGCCACCAUCGUCCAGGCCCAGCGCAUCUGCGAAACGCACCGUGUUGGCACAAGUGGCCGCUACUCCGUCUCGAAUGUCGCCUUCAAAGCGCAACGUCAUUGCGGGGUUGCAAAGUACGACACCAUGGUCGCCCACGAAUCUGGAUGCCAUCUUUGGCUCUCCAAAGGCAGGGACCGACAAGGAGAACGGUGUGGAACGCCUGCUCAAACAAGGCAAGGAGUUGAGUAGUCCUGAAAAGCAGAUGACUGUGGAAGAAUGGAUACACUUCAACGCGGGGGAAGCGGAGAAGAAGCUCAAAUAUGAAUGUGAACGGAUGGUCAGUCUGUUUGAGAGCGAGGGCACGAGAGCCAUGAACGUGCUCGAAGGCUUGACCGUCGAAUAG